AGUAUGGCGGCGCCCGGUGCGGUCGAGCUGGCGCAGGCCUUGAACCGGCCCCUGAGCUGCCUGCAGGAGUCCGAUUGCAGCCGGACCGCACGGCUGCGAGCGCUGGAGGCUAUCCGGGCCGAGGUGCAGGAGAGGCCUGUCUCGGACGCCGUGGUGCAGGAGGUUUUCGGGACGCAGCUGGUGCGGCCGCUGGCACGCUGCCUGGUUGGGGACACGGCAGAGCGGUGCCGGGAGCUCGCUCUCCAACUCCUUUGCCAUGGGCUUAGCCAGGGAGACCGGCCCGGCGAGGCUCUGCCCGUCGUUCUGCCGGCUCUGGUUCAGCGCCUCUGCCCACCGCAGGGUUUUGAGCCCAGCGAGGAGCUGCGCCUCGGCCUCGUCCAGCUCCUGAGCCUCCUGCUGAAGCGCUGCGGGGUCGCCAUGGUCCCCUACCUCACCGAGGUUAUCCGCAUCCUCCAGACCACCCUUCUCGACCACUAUGCCGAGGUCAGGCGCGAAAGUUGCCGGUGCGCCAUGGCCUGCGCCCAGGCCAUGCCAGAGCACUUCCAUAUGCAAUCAGAAUCUCUGAUAAAACCCCUGAUGCAAACAAUUUCACACCAGCACUACAGAGUUCGUGUUGAUGUAAUUCAAGCUACUGGAACAGUGAUUCAGUUUGGAAAUGGAAAGUCUGUGGAUGAUGUUCUGUCCCAUCUGGCCCAGAGAUUAUUUGAUGAGAUUCCUAAGGUUCGGCAUGCUGUAACAGCUGUCAUUGGAGAAUGGUUGUUGCACCUACGAGACAGAUACUCAUAUUUUCACAAGCUGAUCCCCUUGUUACUUGGCAGCUUUUCUGAUGAAAUUCCUGAAAAUGUAAAACUGGCUUGGACUUACUGGGAAAAGAUAGGCUUGCAAUGGGAGAAAGAGAAUGAAGAAGAUCUGAAAGACAAAAUGGAUUUUAGUGUUUCACCUUUGCAUUAUCCCAAGGGAGUGACUCGACCAGGACUAGGUUGUCGGGAACUUGUGUCAAGAAACCUCUCCAAAAUUCUGCCAGGUCUCUCUCAUGAUAUAACAGACUGGGUUGAAAGCACGAGAGUAAAAGCAUCCCAGCUUCUGCAUACAUUGCUGCUACAUGCUGAGGAUUACAUAACACAACACAUGGAGCUGCUGCUUAGGACUUUGUACCAAGCAUGCUUGGAUGAAGAAAGAGAAGUGGUUAAAAAUUGUGUGAAAGCAGCAGAAUUGAUUGGAACAUUUGUCAGCCCUAAGGUGUCACUGAAAUUAAUCACAUCGGCCCUUAAGAAGACACCUAAGCCGUCUUGUAUCAUGGUUCUAACUGCAGUGAUUCGAGGUAGCCCAAAAGAAAUCUUACAGCCUCAUCUGACUGAUCUUGGCAACACACUGUCACAAGCUGAGGUCUGUCAACGAUCUGAAGAGGUGUUUUAUAUGGAGCAGUUGCUUUAUUGUGUGCAAGCAUUGAUAGAAGUGUGCCAGGAAAACUGCAAAGGAAUUAGCUUUCAGCUAAUGAAAGUUUUGGUGACAAUAAUGGCAACACCAAGUUCUCAACACCUCAGAGAAAAGGUAGAGGAAACAAUGUCUUCAUUAGCUGAAGUGCAGCAAUUGGAUAGUUUUCUUUAUCUCUACAAGCAGCAUAUGGUUCAGCUUAUGGAGUGGGUUUCAGUGUCGUGUGAUGAUUGGACAUGCUACUCCCCAGAAGUAUUACAGUUUGAUGUCAUCGCAACUCAUUCAGGUCCUGUCAUAGGUGAAGCUCUAAAGAACUUCAUUCUCGUUCUUAAGACGUGUCUUCAACCCAACAAAGAUCCCCAGCUGCGGUUAAAACUUUUUACUGUUUUAUCCCAGUUGCUCCAGAAAGCAAGUGAAACUGUCAAUUCUCAGGGGCUGUUCCCUAGCUACCUUGAGACUGUGAUAAAAGACAUUCUGGCUCCUAAUCUGCAGUGGCAUGCUGGAAGAACAGCAGCUGCCAUCCGCAGUACAGCUGUAUCGUGCCUUUGGGCUCUUGUUCACUGUGAAAUGCUUUCACCAGAAGAGAUCUUAAAAAUCAAAGAUGGGCUAAUGCCCCAAAUUAUUGCUGCCUUGGAUGAAGACUCUAAACUUACUCGCCUGAUGGCCUGUCGUAUUGUUGGUGUGGUUUGUAAAGUCUGUGGGAGGCAGUUUGAUGAAGAUAAAUUUACCAACACUUACACAGAAGUUCUAAAGCGUCUGGAUGAUGCUUCGUGUGAUGUACGCCUGGCAGCUGCUCACACAUUAACUAAUUGGUUUAAGGCCUUAAAGGACAGCGAUGUGAAAUCUGCAAUGGAAAAUCAUGCCGAGUUUCUGUACCAAGAACUGUUGGUGCAUCUUGAUGACCCAGAUCAAAAUACCCAAAAUGCAGUCCUAGAAGUUUUGAAGGAAGGAAGUGGUUUAUAUCCAGAACUGCUUGUGAGAGAAAUUGAAGGGGUUGUACAUAAGCAUCGAACGCCAGCCUACUGUAAUCAGCUGCUACAUCACAUUCAGUCAGCCAGAGAAUCAGCUUUAUGAAUGGAUACUGAAGUUCAUCUUAGUGAACUGUAAGGGAAAUCUGUAUGAUAUGGAUUACUCUCCUAUUUUUAUUUGCUUAAGAAAGACUGAGCAAUAAAUAGAGGGUGGUUUUUUCCCUUUGUCUGUUGACUGUUAGUUCAUUUAAAAGUCAAAUUGGUACAGUUCUCUGUUCUUUGCUGUUUGAACAGUUCUUUGUAUUUGCUAGCAAUAAAACAAUGUUUUAAUUCACUUUGCUUUGGAGGUUUUUCCAGUACAGGGUUUAAAGCAGGAAUGUUUUUUCAGGGAUUGGACAACAUUUAUCAUCGAUAAAGGUAAUUUAUUUAACAAAGUCGUAGUCUAAUGUUAGAGUUAAUAUAAUUCAGCAAGGACUUGGUCUUUCAAGGAGCAUUUCAAACUCUGGAUAAUAUUCACACUUUGCAGAGUCAGUUAUUAGGCAAAAAAAAAAAAAUACAGCCAAACUUGUCUUGCAUAAUGCAGCAAAAGUUUUAUAAUGUUUUGAGUACCUGUAAUUAUUAUGCUGCUAUAAUAGGGACACAUUCUGAGUAGGUGUCACUAAGGAACAGUUUUUAUUGUCAUUGUAUCACAUUUCAUGAGUGAGAACAAAGCUAACCUUUUAUAAAAUUAGGGUUUAUUAUACACAGGAGGAAAUGUGCUGUUUUGUCAUUUAGAUUAACAGCAUUGAUAUUUUGGUAUGAAAUAUAACACAUCUUCAGGUUUUGUGUUUACACCACUGUGCCUUGGCAAAGCAAGCAACAUUUGUUUGUGUAGCACAUUGAAAUGAA